AUGGUGGAUUACUAUCAAGUUCUAGGAUUGGAGAGACAUGCUUCACCUGAGGAUAUUAAAAAGGCUUAUCGAAAAGUGGCACUUAAAUGGCACCCGGAUAAAAAUCCAGAAAACAAAGAAGAAGCCGAGAGAAAAUUCAAAGAAGUAGCUGAGGCAUAUGAGGUAUUAUCACAUGAUGAAAAACGGGACAUUUACGAUAAAUAUGGCAAAGAAGGAUUAAAUGGUGGAGGUGGAAGUGAUUUCGAUGAUUCUUCUGAACAUGGCUUCACAUUCCGUAAGCCAGAUGAUGUCUUCAAAGAAAUUUUUCGUGAAAGGGACCCAUUUUCAUUUCAUUUCUUUGAAGACUCACUUGAAGACCUUUUAAGUAAUUCAAGGAGCUCCGAUGGAAGCAGAAACAGAGGUGCAAGAUCCUUUUUCCCUACAUCCAGUGAAUACCUAGUUUUUGAGAGAUUUUCUUCAUAUGAUACAAGCUAUACACCAUUUGGUUCACUGGGCCAUGAGGGACUUUAUUUAUUUUCUUCCCUGGCAUUUGAUGAUAGUGGGAUGGAUAACUACGUUACUGUUACAACUUCAGGUAAGAUUGUUAAUGGCAGAAAUACCAAUACAAAAAUAAUUAUCAAGGAUGACCUAGAAAGAGAUGAAGACGAUGGUGAGUUGAAGUUCUUUCUUUCAAAUGGUGUGGCAGGUGAAGAGGGCUUUGCUGAGGAAUGCAGUUGGAGAAGACAGUCAUUUAACAAUUAUUCACCAAAAUCUUGCAGCCCCAAACAUGCAAACAAUGAUGAGCAGGGUAUAACUUGGGUCACCAGUAACUGGAAUCCCUCUGUUUUCUCAGCAGGAUUCAAAGAAAGUGGUAAAAGGAAAAAAAAGAAGCAUAAAGAAGUACAGAAGAAGAAGUCAACUAAAAGGAAUCGUUAA